CAUACGGGCCUCGAUUUCAGCUCUUUUUUUUUUGGUGGAGCCUCGAUUUCAGCUCGGUUCUGAAGAAAGGCCUUUCCGGACAGUCCUUCAGCCCAUAGGCCUCAAUCUGAGGUGUCUAACGAGAUAUUGGCCCAGCCCAUCUUGAUUUACUACUCUACUCCCAAAGCCCAAACCGCCGGCUUCGUUCGUUUCCCUCCCUCCCGCAAUGGGCAGCCGCCAGCUCUGCGACCAGUACGCCUCCCACCUCGCCGCCGCGGCGCACGCCGGCGGCCGGCAAGGGGCGAUCCUCACGGCCGCCGUGCACGCCCUCAUCCUCCGGACCCUCCCGCACCCUUCCCCGACCUACCUCCUCAACACGCUCCUCACCGCCUACGCGAGCUCCGGCCUGCUCCCCCACGCGCGCCGCGUGUUUGACGCGAUGCCCGGCCGGAACCUCGUCACGGGCAACUCCCUCCUCUCGGCGCUCGCCCGCGCGGGGCUCGUGCGGGACAUGGAGCGCCUCUUCACGUCGCUGCCGCAGCGGGACGCCGUCUCCUACAACGCGCUCCUGGCCGGGUUCUCCCGCGCCGGCGCCCACGCCCGCGCCGCCGGGGCGUACGUGGCACUGUUGCGGGACGAGGCUGGGGUCAGGCCCAGCCGCAUCACGAUGUCUGGGGUGGUCAUGGUCGCGUCGGCGCUCGGCGACCGCGCGCUCGGCCGGCAGGUGCAUUGCCAGAUCCUGCGGCUCGGGUUCGGGGCGUACGCCUUCACGGGGAGCCCGCUCGUCGACAUGUACGCCAAGGUGGGCCCCAUCGGGGACGCCAGGCGGGUGUUUGAUGAGAUGGAGGGAAAGAAUGUGGUGAUGUGUAACACCAUGAUCACGGGGCUGCUCCGGUGCAAGAUGGUUGCGGAGGCGAGGGCGUUGUUUGAGGCGAUAGAAGAAAGGGAUUCGAUUACUUGGACUACGAUGGUUACCGGGCUGACGCAGAACGGGCUGGAGUCGGAGGCGCUCGAUGUUUUCAGGAGGAUGAGGGCUGAGGGUGUUGGCAUUGAUCAGUACACUUUCGGAAGCAUCCUUACGGCGUGUGGUGCGCUUGCUGCAUUGGAAGAGGGGAAACAGAUCCAUGCCUACAUAACCAGAACUUGCUACGAGGACAAUGUGUUCGUUGGAAGUGCGCUUGUUGACAUGUAUUCAAAGUGCAGGAGCGUCAGAUUAGCAGAAGCUGUUUUCAGAAGGAUGAUGUGGAAAAACAUAAUCUCAUGGACUGCGAUGAUUGUUGGUUAUGGACAGAAUGGGUGCGGGGAGGAGGCUGUGAGGGUGUUCUCGGAGAUGCAGAGGGAUGGCAUUAAGCCUGAUGAUUUCACUCUGGGCAGUGUUAUCAGUUCUUGUGCUAAUCUAGCAAGCCUGGAAGAGGGAGCACAGUUCCACUGUCUGGCGCUUGUCUCAGGGUUGAGGCCGUAUGUUACAGUGUCUAAUGCACUUGUUACCUUGUAUGGGAAGUGUGGCAGCAUCGAGGACGCACACCGCUUGUUUGAUGAGAUGUCGUUUCAUGAUCAGGUCUCCUGGACAGCCCUUGUCAUGGGUUAUGCACAGUUUGGGAAGGCAAAAGAAACUAUUGAUUUGUUUGAGAAGAUGUUGUCUAAGGGUGUGAAGCCUGACGGGGUAACGUUUAUUGGCGUCCUUUCUGCUUGUAGCCGUUCAGGCCUUGUGGAUAAAGGCCGCAGCUAUUUUCAUUCCAUGCAGCAGGACCAUGAUAUUGUGCCCUUGGAUGAUCACUACACAUGUAUGAUUGACCUGUAUAGCAGAUCAGGGUGGUUAAAGCAAGCUGAGGAGUUCAUAAAGCAGAUGCCACGCUGUCCUGAUGCGUUUGGAUGGGCGACAUUGCUGAGUGCAUGUAGGUUGCGUGGUGACAUGGAGAUUGGCAAAUGGGCCGCCGAGAAUCUCUUGAAACUUGACCCUCAAAACCCAGCGAGUUAUGUGUUGCUGUGCAGCAUGCAUGCUUCGAAAGGUGAAUGGAAUGAUGUUGCAAAGCUUAGGCGUGGGAUGAGGGAUAGGCAAGUGAAGAAGGAACCAGGCUGCAGCUGGAUCAAGUAUAAGAAUAAAGUCCACAUCUUUUCAGCUGAUGACCAGUCUCACCCCUUCUCCAGAACAAUUUAUGAAAAGCUACAGUGGCUCAACUCUAAGAUGGUGGAAGAAGGAUACAAGCCUGAUGUCAGUUCUGUGCUGCAUGACGUGGCGGAUGCUGAGAAAGUUCACAUGCUCAGCCAUCAUAGCGAGAAGCUUGCAAUUGCCUUUGGCUUAAUAUUUGUUCCACCAGAAAUGCCAAUUCGGAUUGUCAAGAACCUGCGGGUCUGUGUGGAUUGUCAUAAUGCUACCAAGUUCAUUUCUAAGAUAACUGGGCGUGAUAUUCUUGUGAGGGACGCUGUCAGAUUUCACAAGUUUAGCAAUGGCAUUUGCUCUUGUGGGGAUUUCUGGUAAUUUCUCUGUCUAACUGGCAAGAUUGUACAUGCUUCAACUUGAAAUAUAAGUGGUAAGUGCUGCUGGAAGAGAAAGAGAAAUGUUGAGCAACACAAAGAAUGGAUAACAUUCACCAGCCAUCAUCUACAGUAAGGACAAUUCAUGUGCCCUGCAGGUGCAGAGUUCAAAAGAGGUACAGGAGAACAAGGUGCAGCAGGAGCUGCAAAGAACUCACGAGAAAUGCCCCUGAAGGACUAAUGCAAUGGAACAUCAGAAUGGCUGAACCGCUGGAGUCAUUGGUUGCAUCCCCAGGAACACCAGAGCAUGGCCAGGAAAUUAAUCGAUUGAUUCAUGGCGUGGAUGCAACAAGAAGAACAGAGUAUUACUGGAAACGAGAUUGACUGGAACAGAACAGAGUAAGUAAUCAAUUACUAAUGGCGUAAUCUGGAAAGAGGAAGAACAGAGUAGAAUCUGGAAAUGAAAUUGCUUGUUGCCGGAGACGAAGAAGAAGAAGGAUUAAGAAGGUAAUUACCGUUGGGGUCGUUCAUCCAGUUCUUCUCCGGCUGGAAGUGGAACCCGGUGCGCUGCCAUUGGAGCAUCGCAUUGCUCCACGGGAACGCGUUCUCUUCACCGGCUCCGGCGCCCAGCCUGACAUCCACGGCGGCGCCGGACGUCUUCUCCGACACGCCCGCCUCGGGCCCCCUGCUUCCCAGUACGGCCGCCGCCGGCUGCUCCUCCAGGACACCUCCGUUGGCGGGCAGGUGUCCGGCGAGGCGGACGCCGGCGAGCGCGGCGAGGGACAGGAGCACGGCAGCCGUCGUCAGCAGGACGGCGGCGCACACCGCUCCCCCGCUGGCCCGGCGGCGGCCGCGCCCCGGCUGUGCGGCGGCCUCGGCGUCGUCCGGCAGCGCCGCGUAGGACGAGCACGGCAGCGCCGGCGAGCCGCCGUCUCUGGCCUCCAUUAAUGUCAUCAGGAAAUUUCGAAUCGAGAUGCCAAUCUCGAUUUGGAGAGAUGGGGAACAAGGAAGGAAAGGAUUAAUGGAGCAGAAAAAGGGAGAUCUUUGCUAACAGGGAGAGGGAUUAGUGGAAGAUCCUCUUCUUCUUUCUUGUGCUAAUCUCAACAAGAAGAAGAAGAAGAAGAAGAAGAAGAAGAGGCGGUGCGUGUUUGCCGAGGAGCUCUGCUGCUUCUCGUGCCGGUAUUUAUACUCUCCAAUCUCUCCAUCCAUCCCUUUCGGUUAAUUAUAUCAUUAUAAUCCUUCUAUCUCUUAAUGAUAUCAACAACAAAGAAAUGUAAUUAAACAGCAUAAUGCGUCUGCGCGGCGGGCCCGGCAUGCCAGUGAGGGGAACGCUGGUUGGUUAAUCAUGAUCCACAGAUUCCAUCCAGGCCAGGACACGUUGAUUAUAUAUAUCCAGCUGGAUUAUUAAGGAUCAAGUUAAGAUGGAACAUGGCAUGUAGAGCAGCAGCUAGCAGCCGCCGUUAAUUUGUCCUUGUGGGAAAUUUACUUGUUGGCUGAUCAUCAGAUCAUGGUUUAGUUAGUGGCUUGAUGAUGAUGA